GGAUAUUGCAUGCCGAACUGAAAUGGUAAUGCGCGGAGCUAGCUUCGAAAUCGUGGGAUAGUUAGUUAGUCUUUGCUGUUAUGGGAAAGAAAAAAGGACAAGGAAAGAAGGAUCAUGGAAAAGGUGGAAAGCAGAAACACGGCAAACAACACAAAUUCUUUAAAAUCGGCGGCGGUACAGAUGAAGGAGCAUCUCUACCAAGGGCGUUGAACGGAGGAGAUGAUGUUGAGGAAGAGCCAGAUCAUCUGAAGAUCCCCAUCCCUCUGGCAAUGUGGGACCUAAUGCACUGCGACCCCAAGAAGUGUACGGGUCGCAAGCUGGCAAGGAAACGUCUUCUUCGUACUCUGAAGCUCUCCCAGCGUUUCGAUGGGAUCAUCCUAUCUCCAAUGGGUACCAACUGUGUCUCGCCACAAGAUAGGUCAAUAGUUGAGAAUAACGGUGUGGCUGUGAUAGACUGUUCAUGGGCCCGGCUGGACGAGACACCUUUCGCCCGGAUGAGGGGGAGUUAUCCACGUCUCCUGCCUUACCUUGUGGCUGCAAACCCUGUCAACUAUGGCAAACCUUGUCAGCUGAGCUGUGUUGAAGCACUGGCUGCCGCCCUCUAUAUCACAGGUUUCCAGGAAUAUUCGCUUCGUCUUCUCAAGCGUUUCAAGUGGGGUCCGGUCUUCCUUGACAUCAACCAUGAACUCCUGGACAUCUAUGCUGCUUGCAAGACGGGUGCUGACGUGGUCAAGGCCCAGCAAAAAUGGAUGACCCAACUCAAGCAGGAAAAAGAGAGAAGAAAUCUUGUUGAUCCCAUGGAUAUUGAUAUGAACAAGACAACGUACAACAUGAACCGCCAGCCAGAGUAUGACAUGCCUUCCUCUGAAGAGGAAGAUUCUGAUGAAUCCGAUGAUGGGGCGGAGGGAGAAGGUGGCAAGGUUGAAAGCGAAGAGGAAGAAGAGUCCGAGGAAGUACUUCAGCAGCGUAAUUACGACAUGCCAGAUUUGGAAUCAUCAAGUGAAAGUGACUGUGAAGACGCUUUAGAAACGAACUUGACGAAUGGAGAAGCUACGUCAGAAACAAAUAUCUCGUUUGGCCAAGGUUCCAGUGACCACAAGGACGGUCUCGAUGUAGCUUUAGGGGAAACAGGAUUACCUAAGAAUGUCAGAGAUGUUAAUGAGAUGGAUCAAAGGACUUGUGCAGAGGAUGAUGAUCUCAUAUGUAAUGGAGAUGAUGUUCCUGUAGAAUGCGACGAGGUCAGCGCUGGACUCCAGAAACUGGAUGUAGAGAGUUGAUGUUCAAUCCAAUAUUUAAAAAGGACUUAUUUAUAUAGUUACACUAACAGGUGCCUUUAUCAUUUAAAGUUUUAUUGCAAUGAUCUCACCUCUCCGCUCCUCAAUUGCUUCUUUUUUUUCUCCCUCUCCCUCACCCCUCUCUUUCUUCCUGUCUCUCUCUCUCUCUCCUUUCUAUGUCUCUGUAUCUCCCAUUUACUUUCUGUUGGUGUAUCUGUCUUUCCCCAUUAUACAUUUCUAUAUCUUCCAAUAUUUUACUGUUUAUCUUACAUUUAAUUAUUUUCGCUAUUGAAUCUAUCAAUGAUGGAUGCAAAUAAAAUUCAUAUCAAUUUUAGAAUUAAAGAACAGAUUGUUCCUUUCUCAUUAUACAGUAGACGUCGUAGAGUGAAAAUGAGAGAUGAACAUACUGCAAGUCUGGGAGAAUAGUUGGAUGUUUGGUUCUAAAGACCCAGACCAGAGCUAAAAGUGAAAUUGACAAAUAGUAAAUAUAUAAGAUAAUAGUACAACAAUGUAAGUUUUAUGCAUAUUCACUGAAGUAUUUUAUUUAUCAAUGGGUGUUGACCAUGAUUUCAUGUGUUAAAUGCGUUGUGAUUCCAUAGAUUUGUUUACCGAAAAACUGGGUGAUUUUUCUGCUUUUCGGAUGAGAAAUUUGAAUUUUUUUUCAAUUUACAGAAGAAAAUGGCACUGACAGCAAUUUACUGCUCAAGUGGAUGAAACUCUACAACUCUAUACACUGUUUUUUGGUGAUUUCUUUGUAUAGCUCUUACACAUAAUUCAAAUGCACAUAUAAUUGGAAAGCUGCAUCAAAUAAACAAGAAAUAAAUUAUGGUUAACAGUCAGACUGCAGGUCCCAAGAAAGUGGCUUCUUUCAUCCAAGUGAUAUUCAUGACUUGAGAUGUUUUGCAUAUUUAAUGAGCUUGAUGCGGACCAAAACACCUCUUUUCAUUCGGUCAUUGCUGCUCUAAUUGUGCAUCGAAUUUCAUGAAUUUGGUACCAUUGUAAAGAAGAAGAAUCAUUCUUUCAGGUCAUGUGUUUGGAUUUAUUCAAAGAUUUUGUAAUAUAGGUUAAAAUUUUGAUCUAAAAUAUGCUACAAAAUAAAUAUUUUCACCUGACAAAAGCUGCUAUUUUCACACUUUAUUUUUGUUUGAGCCCAAAUGAUUUGUAUAUCAUGAUAAAGCUGAAUAUGUAUGCUUUGAAAUGAUAUAGGUUUCAAAAUAAGAAUUGGUUUAAUCGGGUCAAGAUCACACUUUUCAUUUGCCAAGUACAUAAAGCAGCUUGAAAACAAGAAUACUGCACUCUGAUUGGUCAAAGAGACCGCACACUGGCAAAUUCCAACGGUUCCAGUGCCUGGGUUCGUGGGAAGGUCACACUUCCCAUGUGGUAAUCUCCUCAAAUACCCCGCGCCUGUUGUUCUGUGAAUCUUAUCCAGCCAAUCAGAACUCUGGAUUUCAUGCAAGUACAAAAUUUCAGAAAUCUCGCCUUGUACCUUGGUGGGAAAAGUGUGAUCUUGACCCGAUUAAAAGGUGCUGCAUAUCAAGAGUGGCAUUGUGAGAAAGUACAGAAGUUCAGCUUUAUGUUGAUAUAAAUAUCAUUGAGGCUCAAAAUAAAAAGUUUUGCACAAUUUGCAAAAGAAAACAGAGGAAGAAAAUUCAGUUUUGAGGCACAUUUUCAGGCCAGAAAUUUACUUAUUUAACAAAAUAUUGUAUACAAAAUAAAUGACCAAUAUGAAAGAGUAACUUUUACUCUAUCUGAUGGUGCAAUAAUAUUUCAUUUAACUUGAGGUUAAAACAGGUAAAUUCUUAGAGAAAGAAAAUCUCACGAAUCACGAGAUUUUGCAAGGAGGAGGAUUCAGCCACGAGAUGAUUUGGAUGAAUCUGGCCUUUUUGCUCAUUAGCAUAGGGACCUGCGGUCUGACUGUUAAAACUAGUCCAAAGCUGUAGAUUUCAUCCAUUCAAGCUUGAAUCAAAAUAUAUUUUUGAUAUCUCUUUGUGAUAUAGGUGAAGAAAUAUAAUGUGUAAUCCUAAAGCAGAGAAAUCAUUCAGUUUUUCUGUGUAUGAACCUAUGGAAUCACAACACUUCUAAUACAACAUGAUGUCAUGGUCUUGGUGCUGGUGAAAAGCACAGGAAAGUCUAUUUUUAAAGCCCAAUAAAUGGAGCUAUUCUUAAGAAAAAUACCCGGCUGGUAAGCGGUGAAAUGCACAAAAACUGCACUGCUGUGUUUAGUAGUUGAAAAACUUUCGAUUGGUAUAUGAUUUGUCAAUUUCACUUUUGGGUCCGGUCUGAGUCUUUAAUGAAAGCAGAUAAAAGGAAUGCUUACACCUUAACUUUACAGCUGUUCCUUCUCUUUAAGGAUGUGUAAAUUACAAACGAAGAAAUAAAGUUUCUAACAAAAAUUGUGGGAAUUUAGUAAAUUUUGUAAGCUUGAUUGCAUUCAAAAAUUUAUUUUCCUCAUUUUCAAUUAUUGGAAACUUAAAACUUUCACUGAAUUGUUCUUUUAAUUUCUGCUUUUAUUAAAACAAAUGUACCUCUAAUACCAGGCUGGAGAGGGAGAAUGAGAGUUAUAUGGGCCAAUUUUUCUAGCUUGUUUCUUUAGUAUGAUUUAAAUAAUGCCCCUUAAAGAGAUACUCCGGGCUGAAAAUAUUUCUAUCUAAAUAAAUAGAGUAAAGUUCACAGAGCAAAAUGCUGAAAAUUUAAUCAAAAUCGGAUGACAAAUAAAGUUAUUGAAAUUUAAAGUUUAGCAAUAUUUUGUGAAAAUAGUUAUAUGCACGUCAUUAUGAAUAUUCAUUAGGUGGGCUGAUGAUGUCACAUCCCCACUUUCCUUUUUCUUGUUAUUACAUGAAAUCAUAAUUGUUUUAUUUUUUUCAUACACGUGUAAAUUAUGUGUCUCCAUUAUAAUGAAAUAAGUUGCGGCAAUAAAUAACUAAUGCACUU